AUGGAGGGCAGGCAGAUCCCGCUUCAGGCUCGGGUACCGGUCCAGAGGCAGAAUAAGAGGGUCAAGGGCAACCCCCAGGCCCAGCCCCAGAAGGAGCAAGAGAAGGCUGUGCAGAACCCCAGGAAAGUGGAGCGAGAAAAUGAGAAGCAGGGCGUGAGCCAGGAUCCCAAGGCCCUAGAGUUUAACGGCAAGCAUCAGAAAACUGAGCCCGUUGUAAAAAUGAAGCCCAGUGUAGAAGUCAGCGCCCCUGAAGAGGCAGAAAGCGGACCCACAAACCUCAGGGGAAAUGACGACAAAAAGCUGGCCAGACCUGUAGCGGAGAAGCCCCUAAAAGCGCAGGCCCCAAAUAAGCCUAAGACACCCAGAGAAAUUCUAAACGGAGUCAAAACCAAGCCUUCUGGCUCUCUCGCUUGCAGCCAGGAGGACAGGGAGGCAGAUAAGAAUGAUAGUGGCUCUGAUGACAGCUAUUCGGCCCAUAAGCAACAGAGGGCCAGGUGCAGUCUCCCCAGAGUCAGGGGAAACUUCCACUUAGCGAGGGCCAGCAUGAUGUCCCGAGUGCCCAGGUUCCCCGCGUUACAGCAGAGGUUUGACAACCUUAAGCUCACUGGCGGGAACCACAGGGGCUUCCGAGUAGGCAGCCCUCGGCCUCCAGUUUGGAAUUCUAGGAGCUGGGCGCCAGGCCCGGGCCACAGUAGAUUUGGCUUUGGUAAUGUGCAGAGGCCCUUGCCCUUCAAACCCGGCCUGAACAGUCCGAGGCUGAACACGUGGUCCAGAAUGAAGCCGACGCCCCCCGCUGUCCCUAAAGAGGAGACCUGGGGCCUUUUCAAACAGCCAGCCAUUUUUCCAGGGAGCAACUACACUGUCCCGGAAGUCACUUAUGCCAGCAAGGUUAAACAGAACCUCUACAAGGUCCCCAGGUCCUUCAUCUCCCCGAGGCUGGCCACUUCAGAAUCACUACCGUUGCUGCCUUCCUCCUCUGCUUUAGUGGGGUCCCCCAUUGUAGCACCUGGCCAAAGGCAGGUCCCUGGGGCUUCCCUGAGGCCGGUCAAUCCGCUGGGCCCCGAUAACAAACCUGAACAGAACAUGCUUCCAUACGGUGGCCAGGACUUGCCUAUGGACAUUUGCCUCAUGAAGUGGCCCAUUCCUAACCUUAAGUCGGCGAUGCCCCAAAUGGGUCCAAGCUGCCCGAGCUUAGAACAGCGCUUCUUUAUCCGCGCCCCCGUGCUGACAACCAUACCCGAGGACCUGAUGCCAAACACCAGGCCCUCCCAGAUGGAAGCCCAAAAGCUGAGGGAGAUCGUCAAAAACAAGUGGGGCUUAUCAUUUAUCAGUGAGCUCGACACCGAACCCGAGAGUACCCAGGAGAUGGCAUCGGAGGCUGAAGUCGGACCACCUCCGCUGCCAGGCAAGUACCCCAUCCCCAGCCCUCUGGCUUCCCAGGGGCCUGCAGGACCCCCUGCUGGGGCUGAGCACCUACGGCGCCCCCAAGUUUAUGAUGUGACCAAAUGGCUGAAUCCGCAAGGUCUAGGGGGCAUCGUCAAACCAGCCAUUCUGAAGAAAGAGAGUGAUGAAGCCUUCAUUCCGCUGCCCAGUCUUAGAGAUGAGCUGCAGAAGGCAGAUCAUCGCAGCACAGGGUCAUUCAUGCUUCUCCGCAACGAAAACCAGUCAGAUUCCUCAGAGCCCUUCACCUUGAGCCUUGACCCCAUCUUGAAGGAAGCAGAGGAGAGAGGUGAAUGGGAACCCUUCAACUUCAGGGCCGCCGUGGAAUACCACAUGGCUGAAAUGAAAUCCAUCUGGGAUUUGCAGAAGAAAGACCCCAAAAAAGUGAUCAUCUAUGAUGAGUCCUUGGACAUAUGA